CGCCCCUGUUAGAGCUACAACAAAAUGGCGGCGUUCCUGCAGUGGAGGAAGUUCGUGUUCUUCGAUAAAGACACGGUGAAGGAUCCGGCGGAUAAUGGAAAGAACUUUGUGCUUCCGAGCGGGAUAUCGGCUUGUGACUCCGGCCGGGGUCACAUUGUCCUGGGAGAUAUGGACGGCAAGAUCUGGCUUUUGACACGCUCCCUACAGCUGACAUCUUUUCAGGCCUACAAGUUGCGGGUAACUCAUCUCUAUCAGCUGAAGCAGCACAGCAUCCUCGUAUCAGUGGGGCAGGAUGAACACGGAAUAAACCCUCUAGUAAAGGUCUGGAACCUUGAAAAAAGAGACAGUGGGAAUCCUCUGUGCACUAGGAUUUUCCCUGCAAUCCCUGGCAACAAACCGACUGAAGUGUCUUGCCUCAGUGUACAUGAAAACCUCAACUUCAUGGCUAUCGGCUUCACAGAUGGCAGUGUGGUUUUGACCAAAGGUGACAUCACCAGAGACCGUCACAGUAAAACUCUGACUCUGCAUGAAGGAACCAGCCCGGUCACGGGCCUCGCUUUCCGCCAAAUGGCAAAGGUUACACAUCUGUUUGUUGCCACUCUGGAGAAAGUCCACUGCUACACCCUGUCCAUCAAGGAGUAUCCUAAAAUAGAGCUGGAUACACACGGCUGUGCGCUGCGCUGCUCUUCCCUGUCAGAUCCCUCCCAGGACUCCCAGUUCAUCGUGGCUGGUGAGGAAUGUGUGUACCUGUACCAGCCUGAUGAACGAGGGCCCUGCUUUGCCUUCGAUGGACACAAGCUGUUGGCCCACUGGCACCGCGGAUAUCUGUUUUUACUCAUCAGGGACGCAAAGUCACCCAACAAACCAGAGUUCAGUAGCAGGGAGAGCUCUCCAUCAGACAAACAGCUUCUGACCAUCUAUGACCUGGACAACAAGUUCAUCGCCUACAGUGCCUCUUUUGAUGAUGUCAUUGAUGUGGUGGCAGAGUGGGGCUCCUUCUACAUCCUGACCAGAGAUGGAAAAAUGUUUGUUCUUCAGGAGAAAGACACGCAGACCAAACUGGAGAUGCUGUUUAAGAAGAACCUGUUUGUGAUGGCCAUAAACCUGGCUAAGAGCCAGCACCUGGACAGUGACGGCCUGUCGGAGAUCUUCAGACAGUACGGUGAUCACCUUUACCUUAAGGGAGACCAUGAUGGUGCCAUCCAGCAGUACAUUCGCACCAUCGGGAAACUGGAGCCGUCAUACGUCAUCAGGAAAUUCUUGGACGCGCAGAGGAUCCAUAACCUGACCGCAUAUCUGCAAGCCCUGCACAGGCAGUCACUGGCUAACGCAGACCACACCACGCUGCUGCUCAACUGUUACACCAAGCUGAAGGACAGCUCCAAGCUGGAAGAGUUCAUUAAGAGCAGUGAAAGUGAGGUCCACUUUGAUGUUGAGAUCGCCAUCAAGGUUCUUCGGCAGGCCGGCUACCACAGCCACGCUGUUUUCUUGGCUGAGAAACACAUGCACCAUGAAUGGUACCUGAAGAUCCAGCUGGAAGACCUCAAGAACUACCAGGAAGGGCUGCGUUACAUUGGACGUCUGCCUUUCGAACAAGCUGAGAGCAACAUGAAGCGUUACGGCAAAACGCUGAUGCACCACAUUCCUGAAGGUACCACGCUUCUUCUGAAGGGUUUAUGCACCAACUACCAACCCAGCGGAGACUCUGCUGAAAGAGACAGCCUGGAUAGGGGUCGGGUCAACAAGGCCAACUCCGAGGAAUUCAUCCCAAUUUUUGCCAACAACCCUCGGGAGCUGAAAGCCUUCCUGGAGCACAUGAUCGAGGUGGACCCCCGUUCUCCCCAGGGUGUGUACGACACACUGCUGGAGCUCCGGCUACAAGACUGGGCACACGAACAAGACCCUGCGAGAAAAAAGGUGCUGCAGGGUGAAGCUGUGUCUCUGUUGAGGAGUGACAACACCGUGUUUGAUAAGGCUCUGGUCCUCUGCCAGAUGCACAACUUCAAAGAAGGUGUCCUCUACCUUUAUGAGAAGGGCAAACUGUACCAGCAGAUUAUGCACUACCACAUGCAGAAUGAGGAGUAUGGAAAAGUGGUAGAGGCCUGCAAGCGCUACGGUGACCAAGAGGGUUGCCUUUGGGAGCAGGCGUUGGGAUACUUUGCCAGAAAAGAAGAGGACUGCAAGGCCUACAUCAGUGAGGUCCUACAUCACAUUGACCAAAACAACCUGAUGCCUCCAUUACUUGUGGUGCAAACACUGGCACACAACUCGACAGCCACUCUCUCCGUCAUCAAGGACUACCUCAUCAAUAAGCUGCAGAGGGAGACCCAGCAGAUAGAGGACGAUGAACGCAAAAUCCACCAGUACCGCGAAGAGACGGCUCACCUCCGCUCCGAGAUCCAGGAGCUCAAAACAAGCGCUAAAAUAUUCCAGAAGACCAAGUGCAACAUGUGCAACAGCCCCCUGGAGUUGCCGUCUGUUCAUUUCCUGUGCAGCCACUCCUUCCACCAACACUGCUUCGAAAGCUACGCCGAGAGCGAGGCCGAGUGCCCGACGUGCACUCCAGAGAACCGCAAAGUCAUGGACAUGCUGCGUGCCCAGGAUCAGAAACGUGAUCUGCAUGACCACUUUAACAGACAGUUACGCAGCUCCAACGAUGGGUUCUCUGUCGUGGCUGACUAUUUUGGUCGAGGAGUGUUUAACAAACUGACUCUGGUCACCGACCCGCCUGGCAGCAAAACCGUUGGGAGUCUGGAAGUCAACCUGCAGAGAGACAUUCUCAUCCACACCAAGAGAAACUCUUAAAAAACCUCAUCUUGUGAUUAUGGUCUGAAUCCUACCUGAGCAGGCACUUAGUGUUGAGCUUCACGUCAGCGCAUGCUCUCGACCAUAUGUUUCACUGCACGCCGGGACGCCACUUUAUUUAGCAGCGAAUGCAAGCUGCCUGCUUUUAGUACCCGUGAUGGACCUAUUUGCAUAAUUGUGUUCCUAGUCACGAUUCACUGGGGACUGUAUAAAUGUACUUUAGUUUAAAACAUGUAAUACUGUGUCUUAAAACCUUACUGAAUUACACAUUGGAGAAGAUGCGUUUGCUUGUACUAAUUAAUAAUCUUGCACAUAACACUCGAAAAUAGUUCAACCGUCUGUCAUUAAUGAAAUUAUUUGAUGCCUGUCCCUCUAAGUGGAGGAUUAAAAGUGUGAAUAAAGUCAUUAUUAAGUGAA